UAUAUCUGCAUGUAUCUUGUAUUCUUCAUCUCUAGAAUAUAUCGGUAUAUAUGUUCUGCUUUGCCUCUUCUGGACAACGCAGCCAAUCAAUUGUCAGAACCUCUUUGUCCCCUUUUGUUAUUCCCAAGAAUACAAUGUGAUCUAUGGCUUGCCACUGUCCUCACAUCGAACAAUUCUAGUUAUCUUCUCAUGCAUCAUGCUUCACAUACACGCGAUCAAACCUCUCUAGAUUAUUAUCGUUUAUCAAAUAAAGCUGAAAAAAGAAAAAAAAAAAAAAAACCCAUACAUGUUUUGUCGAUAGCUCACCAGUGACCCUAGCAUAAGAAAUCUGAUCCCUUUCAAAGCUCCGACCACGAAACCUUUGCGUCAAAUCCACCAUGGGAUCUGUUGUCGAACAAGCUCACAAUGUUAAGAUCUUAGGUCGUGGCAACCAGACAGUAGUCUUGGCCCAUGGUUUUGGAACAGACCAGUCAGUAUGGAGGCACCUGGUACCUCAUCUUGUUGACGAUUACAAGGUUGUUUUGUACGAUAACAUGGGGGCAGGAACAACGAACCCAGAAUACUUCGAUUUUGAUAGAUAUGCGACUCUUGAAGGUUAUGCAUAUGAUGUUAUCUCGAUUCUGGAAGAAGCUAGAGUUUCAUCAUGUGUAUUUGUUGGUCACUCUAUGUCGGCUAUGAUAGGGGCACUCGCUUCCAUCACUCGUCCUGAUUUGUUCUCCAAAAUCCUCAUGAUUUCGGCUUCUCCGAGGUUUGUGAAUGAUGUGGAUUACUUCGGAGGGUUCGAACAAGAAGAAGUUGACCAACUAUUUGAAGCAAUUCAGUCAAAUUUCAAAGCGUGGUGUUCUGGUUUCGCCCCGUUGGUAGUUGGUGGUGACAUGGAGUCGGUGUCUGUUCAAGAAUUUAGUCGGACACUUUUCAAUAUGAGACCCGAUAUAGCGUUAAGUAUUGCACAAACCAUUUUCCAAAGCGACAUGCGGCCUUUGUUGAGUCAUAUUACAGUUCCUUGUCACAUCAUUCAGAGCAUGAAGGAUUUAGCAGUUCCGGUGGGUGUCUCGGAGUACCUUCACCGAUACCUUGGUGGUGAGUCUAUUGUUGAGGUCAUGUCAACCGAAGGUCAUCUCCCUCAAUUGAGCUCGCCGGCUGUUGUGGUUCCGGUGCUUCUUAGGCAUAUCCGUUGUAAUAUAGCUGUGUAACUGUAUUUAGUUUCUAUCUUCGGUUUAUCUUCGUUGUGUGAACUAUGGUUGAUAAAAUGUUUUCUUGAGUUAAUAAUAGUAUUGUAAAUAUUUGUGCA